GAAAACCCUCGCCUCCUCCUCCGUCCUUCCCGAGCUGCCCCGCGCCGUUACUUCCCCAGCCGGGCGAGAAGACGCCGCCGCCCAAGAGCGCCGCGCCCCCACCACCAGACGCGGCCGCCUUCUCCUCCGACGGCGAGCUCUUCACGGCCGUCGCCGAUCGGUCGGUGAGUCCAGCAAAUAGGAUGGAAGCGACAGAACCUGUUCAUCAAGGGAAAGCAAAGAAAAGGAUGGCAUCUGUUUUGGAUUCCACUAAUGACACAACCAAGGAAGUGAAUCCAGAGUACAAUCUUGACGAAUCGACCAUGGAGGAAAAACUUGCAACUAUGAAUUUGCUCAACAAGUCUGAAAUUACCGAAGAGCAAUCACCCUCUUUAGUGCCACCAAGUGCAGAUUCAGUCCAUAUUUUGCUGAAGCAAGCUUUGCGUGCUGAUGAUCAUACUGAAUUGCUAAAGUGCUUGUACAAUAGAGAUGAAAAGGUCAUUGUAAAGUCAGUGUCAUUCCUAACACCAACGGAUGUUGUUAAGCUUCUCAAGUUCUUUGUGUUGCUAAUACAAUCUAGGGGUGCAAAACUGGCUUGUAUGCUCCCCUGGCUUCAGGCUUUACUCUGUCGACACAUGAGCAGCAUAGUGUCUCAGGAGUCCUCUCUGAUAAUACUAAAUUCACUCUACCAGCUUAUUGAUGCAAGAACGUCAACCUUUAAGUCAGCACUCCAGCUUUCAACAACCCUAGACUAUCUUUUCAACGAGGUUUCUGAUGGUGAAACGGAUGAGGACGAGGCUACCCCACCGAUUAUAUAUGAGGACAAGGACACAGACGAUGAAGAAUCUGAAGUUGAUGCUAUGGAAACUGAUGGGGAGAGCCAAGAGCUGGGCGAUGUUACUGAUGCCUCCGAGCAUUCAGAUGGAAGUGAUAUCAUGACCUACUGAUUGACUUGCGCUCUUCUUUGAUUUAGUUCAUGAUCAUCCUGACAUGGUUGUUGCUGCUCUGUCUGGAGACCGGAGAACCUCCCAGUUACUGCAGUGUGCCAGUGUUAAGAUAAAAUGGUAACGGAAAAUCGGCCCAGUUUGUUCUAAACUAUUUCAGCAUGAUAUAUAACGCCUACCUCGUCAAAUUUUGUAUCUGGCGAGUGGAUAUUUACUGACGAUACUACUUCAGCUCUGCUUUUUAUUUAGAGGGAUGGUUGGCACUUGAGUUGAGAAAGAUGGUGAGCGCUAAUGACUGAAGAAAUCAUUGGCUUGUUUAAUUAUUGUUGGUUGUUAGUAGUAUCUAACUAUACGGGCCUAGAAUGUUGGAAUUUAUUUUGUUCAUUGUUUGAUAAUUAUACAUGACCUUCAAAUGUUUCAUACUGUGUUUAUUUCCCCUACUGCGUUUAUUUUGAUUGUAGACACCUUACGA